AUGUUGAAGCUAUGGUCUAUUAAACAAAAGCAGGCAGAGGCUCAGAAUGCCGAAGCCGUGGGCAAAAAGAAGAAGAGGGUCACAGCCGCACAGCUACGCGUGCAACGAGAUCUCCAAGAACUCACCCUCGGCAACACAAUGAAAAUGGACUUCCCAGACCCUGACGACAUCCUCAACUUCACGCUUAGCAUUGAGCCCGACGAGGGAAUGUACAAAGGCGGCGUCUUCCACUUUACCUUCGUGGUAAACCAGAACUUCCCACAUGAUCCACCCAAGGUCAAGUGUACUCAGAAGAUCUAUCACCCCAAUAUCGAUGUUGAUGGGAAUGUCUGUUUGAACAUUCUCAGGGAAGAUUGGAAGCCGGUCCUUAAUUUGAAUGCUGUUAUUGUGGGCAUGCAGGUAAGACUUUAUGCGUUCUACCAUCUUUUUAUGGUGUUAUAUGAUGGUCCUUUGAUCUCGAAGUAUAACGUGGUGACCAAGAAUUUGGCUGAUGAAGCGGCCGAGGAUUUGCGUACCAACCGUGAAGCUUUCAAGCGCCAUGUUCGUUCCGCAAUGGCUGGCAAUGAGGUUCAACGUAUCACUUAUGACCGAGUCCUUCGGUAA